AUGUCGACCCCUGAAAGCCACAUUCAACCCUCCCAGAAGAAGACGAGGAGGCGCCACCAAAAGUCGAGGAAUGGAUGUUUCGAGUGCAAGCGGCGGAGAAUAAAGUGUGACGAGGAGAAACCGGCUUGUGUGAGAUGCGUUUCCGGUUUCUACAAAUGUAUCUACCCAUCAGGGCCUACGCCGGCUGGCAAGAACCGAAGGGAUGAAUUAUCCCUACCAAGCUCUUCGCGCAGCACUCUUUCACCGUCACCAAGUGCCCUAUCAUGCCUGGAAAAUUCACCAUCAACACGCUCAUCCCUGGAAGUGAAUAUCUUCUUCAAUACCACAGAUACCCUGAUUGAACUAUCUGAUACUGAUUUGUAUCAUCAUUACCUGCAACAUACGAGCAGAACCUUGGCUUGUUCCCGAAGAGACCAAAGUGCACUGCAAAUUGGCAUUCCAACGCUGGCAUUGCGGAGCAAAACUGUCUUUCAUUCCGUCCUAGCAGCAUCUGCAGCCUGUCUGGCGUGCGAUAUGAUAGCCAAAGAACCCCCGCCAGAUGUGAGCGCAGUUAAUCGGGUCUUGGUAACAGGUUAUCGGCAUUAUCAUGCAGCAAGUGAAAGAAUGAGAGAAUCAAUGUCUUCCAUGGAUACCUUAAAGUUGGAACCGCUUCUAGCAAGUGCCUUGAUGCUAGUACCAUUUGCUACUGCAAGUCAGCAAAUAAACCACUGGCUAUCGGAAAGAGGAGAGGUGGAAGAUCCUCAAAAGCCUCUUUCCUCUACGCCGAGGGACAUCAUAGUCAUCAUGCGAGGGAUACGAGCAACUCUUCAAACUUUGGACUGUGAUAGCUUGAGGCCAGGACUUUCGCCAUCCCCCGGGGCAGAGCCUGGGGUUGAUAAUCAUUCAAUAUUUCUAGACAGCAAUACCUGCUCGGCAACCCAAACUAUAUCACGAAGCCAUGUAAUGGUCCCAAUACUCGAAGCCACUGGCAAAGCAGCCUUUUCAAAACUUCAGAAGCGUUUAGACUCUACUUUUAUCCAUAACGGCGGAGAUGGAAAUGAAUUAUUAUCUGCCUGUAGUGCAGCUUUUAAUAUUUUAAAGGACAUAAGAAACAAUGCCUUCUCUUCGACUAGUUUAUCACAGCCCUCACCAUCCUCGUCAUUAUCGCCUGAUGACUUGGCUAGCGACGAUUUUGAGCCCCAAGCUAUGUCUCUACCGCAGGUAGCCUCAUGGCUUCGUUCGUUUGCGAGUAGGUCUGUGGUUCCACAGCCAACUGAGCCACUGACAAGGUACUUCCUCACUUUCCUUGUCCAGGCUCCCCAAGCAUACCUGGAUCUCGUCCUUCCACUCCUGGACCAGAGGCUUGAGAGCCCUGCUACCGCCGGGCCAGGUGGGAUUUCUACAGAAUUGACGAUGGAGCAAGCACUUGCGCUUGAUAUUUACGCGCACUGGUCGGUCCUUAUGUUUUUAGUAGAGGAGGAGUCAUGGUGGAUUGGGAACCUACCGUUUGUGACAUUGUCGGGGAUGGUGAAUAGAUAUGGUAACAAUUUUGUGACUAGGCUGUGGCCGGAAGAAGGCCGCUGGCAGUGGUGGCCAGGGGGCAUGUUAAAUAUAUUGCGAGAGAUUAAGCAGUAUCGAUAG